CUUCUAGUCUUUACUUUUACAGUGCAUUCGGUAUGUUAAAUUGAUAUUAUAACACCACCAGGAGUCAUGGAGGGUAUAACUUUUCUGAAUUAAACAGGGCAUCAAUGUACUUCACUUUCAUUGCUUCUUUCAAUUCAGUGACUAUCUGACAGUAGUAAGAGGGAGAGAACUGUGCUCCUGGCCAUGACCUUAUAUUCUUAGAACUCCUCUGACUACCUCUGGCUGACGGGGCCAAUCUUACCUUCAUAUAUUAGAGGUUCUGUGUGGCAGAUAUUUUUCUACAGUAGCCAAACUAUAUGGAGCAGGUAGAGAAAGAGCCUGUAACCUAUUGGCACUUCUGGGGCAUUUGUCAUUUCAGUAGGGGGAAUUAAUAAGUCUGUUGACCAUGUCCUCCCCCUACAUGACUUUUUAAUGCAAAGUUAUUGGACUAGAGUAACAGUGUAGGAUAUCUGAGUUUCCCUGAUCAAUCAAGUCAUUGUGGAUGCUGAAUUGAUGAUCUGACUUCUGAAACCAGAGGGGUGAGGGUCCUGAAACCAGGUUGUAGCCUGCGUACCUGAUAAUAAUCCUGGAGAAGGCAUCUCUCUGGUACUUGUAAGCCUGUGUGGGCGGGCAUAGGGAACACCUGGCUGCUUACAUCUCUUGGUCUCUAUAUAGUAGUGGGGGGACUGUGAUCCACUUAGGAUGCCUCUUACACAGACCAAACUUCUUGCAGUGACACUGGCUUCCAAGCAUGUUCUCCUGUUUAGACCUCACUGUGGUCUGUGUAUGCUCUAUGCAUUCACCCCAUGCGGGUUCACUUGUGUUCUUCUACCUACAGAGGCCUGCAGACAGACGUCAUCCCCUGAAAAUAUCCUAAACAAGGUGCAGGACAACGAGGAAGAGGAGAGGCUGAAUAGAGAACUGGAGCUAACUACCAAGGAGAGAAAUGAGCUGAUAGAUCGCCUCCUUUAUGUGACAGGUGGAUCCAUGAACAAGAGCCCCUACUUCAGGCCAAAUCCAUUUUAUGAAAACUUGAAGAUAAAGGAGAAAGAGGUCAUGUCAUUACUGCACAACUUAGACACAAAGAACAUUGAACAUCGUGAGAAAUUUCAGGAGCUCAAGAAGGAGAUUAACUUCUAUCGGUAAGUACUGGUCAGGAGGGCCCCUCACUUGUGGAAUGGCCAUUGCUGCCUCUCUUUGUUCUGGACUGGAGAGCCUGCA